GCACUCUGCAUCAGCACUUUGAGCUGUGCAGAUACCCCGGAUACACGUCCUUCUUGUUGCUGCCCUCUGAGAGACAAGACACAAGGGAGCCAAAUUAAUAAAAAGGAAAGAAUCCGCAAGAGGACGUUUACAAUUAUAACAUCAAAGAAGCUCCCAUCUCUCCUCCUUUAGCUGAUCUCCAGUUCCUGCGAAAAAGAACACCAGCUCCAAACAAGAGGAAAAAGUCAACCAAAAUCAUCAUGGAGAUAAAUCCAUCAAGAGAAGGAGAGAUAGAAAUCUCCAAACUCAAUUUAGGGAAAAAGAUCAGUGUUCCCAGAGAUAUCAUGCUGGAGGAACUAUCCUUGCUCAGUAACAAAGGAUCGAAGAUGUUUAAGCUUCGUCAAAAGAGGGUAGAAAAAUUUAUCUAUGAAAACAACCCUGACGUAUUUUCCGACAAUUCCUUGGACCACUUCCAGAAAUUUAUACCAACUGUCGGUGGCCAAUUAGGGGCUAAAGGACAGUCAGGUGUUGGAGUAGGUGGCUAUGGAUUGCUAUAUGGCAGUGGUCAGAUGCUAUCCAGUAUUUCAGGGGGACGGCAUGGAUCUGGUGGUCAGCAACCUCCUGUACCUCCACCAAAACCUGGCAGUAAGAGCGCUCCUGGAGGCCAGUCUGGAACUGGAGGAAGUGGUGGAAAGGAUUCUGGUGUUGUUGAUGGUAGUCAAGGAAAAGAGGGACAGUCAGGUCAACAGGAUGGAGGAAGUGGGAAGCAGAUCACUGUCUUUAAGACAUACCUCUCACCCUGGGACAAAGCUAUGGGCAUUGACCCUAAGCAACCAACACAUUUUACUGUCAAUUUACUAGAGUAUGGCAAAAAGGCAGAGCUUUGCAAAUAUAAGUCAUUUAACAGGAGUGCUAUGCCUUUUGGUGGAUAUGAGAAAGCAUCGAAGCUUAUGACUUUCCAGAUGCCAGAUUUUGAUGCCCCCCCUCCAGAGCCUGAGCCUGUGGUUGUCAUCAAUCAAGAUAUCACCAACAGACCUUCUUUCAACAGGACCCCAAUUGGAUGGCUUGGAUCUGGUGAUAACACAAACUACAGCAUUGAUAUUGCUGUGCCAGUGGAUGGAGAAACAGAAGAACUCUAAACUCAUCAUACAUCCAAGGAACCAUGUUAGCAGUCUGUUGGUGUAUGAAAACUGACAUAUGUAAAAAGUUCCACUGGCCUCUGCAUCAUAACAUAUUGCAAACACAUUGGCGGUUGAUCCCUGAAAUAUCUGUGGUACAAGCAAUGCAUUGCAGUAUGCUGUGAUGCCAUAGCAGCCAAUGGCACAGGUCAUAUCUAAACCACCUAAGCCAAAUCUUUAUAUGCCUUUUUUAAAAAAUGGGGCAGAUCACAUUAGACCCAACUAUGCCACACUCUAAUGUGCCUUGUUCAAAAUGCAGCAAAGCUCCUUUAUGUAUGUUUAUGAAAUGUUUUUUGUUAUGGUGGUAUUUUUUCAGCUGGAAGUUAGUCAGAGUUGGAACUGGGCAGAGGUAAAUGGAAUAGACAAGGUAGGAUAGUGGAAGGAAAAAAGCUUAAUGUUUUGUGCACUGUGGCAGCGAUAAAAGGACAGUCUCCAAAUAAGUUUACUGUUGGCUCCUCAGUCAUGCUGUAUGGUUGAUAUUUUUCAUUUGUGCAAUGUUAAACUGAAUAAACAUUUACAACAUUAAAAACAAA